AUGGAUUCAGUGCAACGCAGCAAUAUGCAGAAAACAAUAAUAAUACUUUUGGGAUGCUGCUUCGUGAUCGCCGCGACCCGGCCUGAUCCAAAUUAUCUCCUUUCCUUGUCACGAUCCUCACCUAUCUUCUCCGAGGCUCUCUAUCGACAGAUAGCCGUCAGGAGAUGGAACGUUGUCUACUCACCUUUCAGUGUCCAAGCUGCCCUCGGCAUGUUGCUGAUUGGAGCCGGUAACGGACCCACGUUCGAAGAGAUAAAUAGAGUGGCCUUUCUGAACCCCUACGUUCCUGCUAACGUGGAAUUUAAAGGCAUUUUAUUACAGUGGAACAAUGUAACCGCACUAGAAGUCUACAACUCAAACGGUAUCUUUCUGAACCCGCACUUGCCCAUAGAACGUCAAUUCACGGAGGCCGCCUGGUUUUAUUAUUUCGCUCAAAGCACCAACUUUGACCUGGCUUACCCUGGGGGACCGGAGAGGCAUAUCAAUGAGUUCGUGGAACGACAGACAAAUCACUACGUAAAAAACCUGCUAGAACCAGGCACAAUCAACAGCGCGACGGCCGCAAUCCUUGUCAACGCAAUCUUCUUCAAAGGAACAUGGCUGCAGGUGUUUGAACCCAGACACACGCGCAAGAGCGUCUUUUAUUCUCAGAACAGAGGCCAAAUUCAGCUGGACACGAUGCACUCCGUCCGAUACGUAAACAUCAAAAGGAAUGUGUUGGGAGCAGACAUCAUCGAGCUGCCCUAUAAGGAGAGAUUCGCACUCUACAUCGCUCUACCGCAGGCAACUUAUGGAGUCCAGUACCUUGAAGCGGCAUUGGGUUUCCCUGGAGCCAUCAAUCAACUGUUUGAAGGCUUCCGCACAGAACAUGUCAGUCUUGCUCUUCCAAAGUUUAGAAUUGAAUCUGAUUUUCAUCUGAAACAAGCUCUUGAACAGUUGGGUAUCAGGACUGCUUUCAGCCCAAACGCUGACCUAUCGAGAAUAAGCAAAGUUGGUGGCGUAUACGUCAGUGAUGUCAUUCACAAAGCUGUUAUUGAGGUCGAUGAGACCGGAACUGUGGCAGCCGCAGCCACAGCCGUCAUUGCCGUUGGCAACUCGUACGGGUUUGCAACACCCUUUAAGGUGGAUCACCCGUUUAUCUUCUUUCUGAGAGAUCGACAGACAAACAUCAUUCUAUUUCAGGGCAAAUUUUCCGGGUAA